GGAGUGUCGGACGCUCGGCUUUACAGUCGACGACUUUAGUAUUCUUCGUUUAUUUUCUUUUCUAUUCGUUUAUUUGUCACUCGGACCUCACCGUGUCAUAAACAUGGGAUGUUUCGCUGUAAAUGAGUGAGUUACUGGUGUUACCGUGUUUACAAAAUUUUUAUUUUGACAGUGUCACGUUCACGUGCGGAAUCAAAUUAUUACCGGUUCCGGAGUUUUUAAGUGUUUAUUAUACGUACACGUCCUUCAUUUGCUGCAGGUAGAGCCGGCAGAUCGUCAAAUAGGUGCAACGGUGUCGGUUUCUGGUAAUACUAAUAGAUAUUUAUCGUGGGAAUAACUUUUUAAGUGCUCCGAUAGUGAUUGGUGUGUACGCGUUAUCGGAAAAAAGUUCGCACGGAUUUGUUCCAAUAAGAAUCUUCUGGGAAACUAGUGUAAAGUGCGUGUACCGGUGAAGUGAAGCCGACAGGAAGUGCUUACAACUUAAACAUAACCUUACCUAUUCGAAAGAGGCGCGUGUUGCACGGGCAUGCGCAGUCUGGGCCUUCGAAAUUAUUAAUAAGUUCUUCAUAAUUUUAUAAACAAACUGUGACAGUGCUGUAGUUUUGUCGUGGUGCGUCGCUUAACAGAAACGCACGAACAAGUGUACACGGGGGCUCGCUGUCAUAAGGCCGGUUGACCGUUCCGAAUCUAAGUUCAAAAUUUAAAAUCAAGGAUAACGUUCACCUGUGGGAUUUCGGUGUUUUACCUGCGCGCGCACAGAACUUCUUUACAAAGGUUGGCGCAGCUAUGAUGUCCUGUCCUCUUCCACUGCCGCUCCUGCCGGCACUUCAUCCACAACCUGCAUUGGCAUCAGACUUCCCAAUCCACAUUGGAAUAAAGAGAGGCUCAGACGAGCUUCUUUCGCAGAGUGGCGUCACCGUCAUGGCGCCCGCCGCUCCGCACCACGCCGACAAUAACAAUCAAGACUCAGCUGCGAAAAAGGUGAAACUUGAACAGAAUGUUGGCAAACCGUCGCGGGUCAUCCACAUACGGAACAUACCCAACGAGACGACAGAAGCCGAGAUCAUACAACUGGGCCUACCCUUCGGCAGGGUCACUAAUGUACUCGUGCUUAAAGGCAAAAACCAGGCAUUCCUCGAAAUGGCGGAGGAGAUAUCGGCAGUGGCGAUGGUGGCAUACUUCGGCGGCUGCGUGGCACAGCUUCGCGGCCGAGCCGUCUACGUGCAGUUCUCCAACCACAAGGAACUUAAGACCGAUCAAACACACAGCAAUGCCGUAAUAUUUUUGCAGUCAGCAUCGGCGCAGGCGGCGUUACAAGCAGCUCAGGCUAUCUCCAACAGCGCUGGCGCAGCGCUCGUAGCCGGCGCAGGUGCGGCUCUACAGCCCGCGAAUGGAGGCACAGAAAUACAGGGUGGUCCCAACACAGUUCUGCGCGUGAUUAUCGAACACAUGCUAUAUCCGAUCGUGCUCGACGUACUCUACUCCAUUUUCCAACGGUACGGCAAGGUGCUGAAGAUCGUCACAUUCACUAAAAAUAAUUCAUUCCAAGCCCUCAUUCAGUAUCCAGACACGGUAUCGGCGCAAACGGCAAAAACGGCUUUAGACGGGCAGAAUAUUUACAACGGGUGCUGCACACUGCGCAUCGACUACUCGAAGAUGACGUGCCUCAACGUGAAGUAUAACAACGACAAGUCCCGGGACUACACGAACCCGACGCUGCCCUCCGGCGACGGCGACGCGCACCAGCUGUUGACCAGUGGUGGGGUGCUGGCGCCUCAGUUCCUGGGGCUGGGCUCCGGACUGGCGUCGCCGUACGGCGUAGGCGUAGGCGGCGUGGGGCUGCCUGCCUUCGGCGCGCUGACGCUGACGCCCGCGUCGCCGGCGCUGCGCGCGCUCGCCGCGCCUCCACUGCCGCUCGCCACCGUGCUGCUCGUCUCGAACCUCAACGAGGAGAUGGUCACGCCUGACGCUCUCUUUACCCUUUUCGGCGUGUACGGGGAUGUGCAACGGGUGAAGAUUCUCUACAACAAGAAAGAUUCAGCCCUCAUUCAGAUGGCCGAACCUCACCAGGCCCAUCUAGCGAUGACCCACAUGGACAAACUUCGCGUAUUCGGCAAGGCGAUGCGCGUGAUGCUGAGCAAGCACCAGACUGUGCAGCUGCCCAAGGAAGGACAACCAGACGCUGGUCUGACCAGGGACUACUCCCAGAGCCCGCUGCAUAGAUUCAAGAAGCCUGGCAGCAAAAACUACCAGAACAUCUACCCACCAAGCGCGACCCUCCACCUGUCCAACAUUCCAGCUACGGUGUCUGAAGAUGAUAUCAAGGAAGCCUUCACCAAGCGAGGAUUCACGAUUAAGGCGUUCAAGUUCUUCCCUAAGGACCGCAAGAUGGCGUUGGUUCAGCUGCCGUCGAUCGACGACGCGGUGGCGGCGCUGAUCAAGAUGCACAACUACCAGCUGUCGGAGUCCAACCACCUGCGGGUGUCGUUCUCCAAGUCCAGCAUCUAAGCCGCGGCGGAAUAUCACACAAGCAGGCAGUCGCCGGCCGCCUGCCGUCAGGCUGCACACUGCGCCCGCGCGAGCCUCCGCGCGACUGACCCUUACAUCGUACCUCUCACACAAAUCGAGAAUUUCCCUCGACUGAAAUUAAAAUAUAUCUGUAUUACGCUUACAUGGAUCACUAGAGAUUAAGUGCUAUUCUAUUUUCUUAAUAAAUACGUACGUUUACUGUUACUGUACAUCUAAUCUAAGAUACUAUCAUCACAGUCAAACGCUGCUUGUAUUUCCAUACGAUCCCCCACGGACCGUAUCAACGUAGAGAGGAAUUAUAUUUUGUGUGAUAUUCAUUCCAUAUUUUAAAUAAGUAUAUCAAUAUUAUUUUAUUUUUGUAAUUCGUAAUGUUUCCCGGUGAUUACAAUAUAUAAUUUGGUUAUUAUACAUUAUCAGGACGGUAUGUGUUGCAAUUAGAUUGCGCUAGGUUUGAGUCCCGGGCCGCGCAGUGUGAGACACUGCCUGCCGCCAGCUCGCGGAGCUCGCGGGUUCGGUGCCCGGUUGUGUACCACCUUACAAUUUUGUUCAUCACAUUAUUAUAGCACAUUGUUAAAGUAUCUCUCGGUCACAUCAUUUGCAGUUAUUAUCUUAAAUUGUAUUUUAUACAUAAUAUAUUUUAUUGUCUAUUUUAAUAUGCACAAUUUACUAUUAUUGCAUUUCUUUGUAAGUUAAUAUAGUUUUGUACGCAUACACAUUUUUUCUUAUUUUAUUAAUGGAAUGUUAUGUUUAGAAAUGUGUAUGUGUGUGCAAUAUUAGUUGUAGAGAUAAUUUUAAUAAUAUAUUUUAGAUGUAACCGUACCCUUGCUUCCAUUCUUGUUUCGUUGUUAGGAGGAUAUUGUCUGUUCUACACUUGAUUCAUAGUUAUUGACGAUUAGUUAGUGUAAUCACAACUCUUAUCGCUAAGCAUCUAGUUGUAUAUCACUAUUUAAACGUUAUGUUCAGUGACAUAAUAGUGACAUGAUGCAUUUAUUUCGAUGUUAAUUUAUAUUAAUGGUAGCUACAACAUAUAUAAAUGCUCGUGCAUACGUUUCACUAAGUGGUUAAUUUUAGAUAAUUAUUUAUUGUGAGCGGUAGGGGGCGCUGGGCGGUGUGGCCACUGUCGCGAACAUAUUUAGAAUAAUUUCCAGUACUGCUACGAUAUUGCCACACUGCAGCGGAAUUGCGGCGACGGUCUAUAAAGUAUUAGCCAGAUCUGAUUUUGCUCUACGACAUAUUUAAUCAACAGUAUUUACACUAGGUCACAAUAACUUGAUGAAACAGUAUUUUAGUUAAUGAGCUGUCCUUCUCGAUACUUCGUUUUGUAUAUAGACACACUCCGAAUUCGAUGUGUUCGCUUCUCACACUUCGGACUUCGCUAAACUCUCGAUUGGAUUUCACACAUCUUUGCCUUCUUAAAUUAAUUAAAAAUAUGUCUAGUCCAAUGCAAAAGAGAUUAAGUUUGUGAAUUAAGUGAUUACGUUAUCAAAAUCUUAUGAAUUCGUCUCAAAUAUUUAAAGUCUGGUAGGGAAGCUUUUGUAAAAAGAUUGUAUAUGGUUACGAAUUUGUUGGUAGAGGGAUGCCCGCGGCCCGCGAGAGCCAUGCUACCGUUAGGACCAGUUUAAGUGUUCAGUUACACGUCCAGAUUAUGUGAUUAGGCAAAGCAUGCGUGAACCAGAUACCUGAAUAUGACGAGUAGGAGAAUACUGAUGCCAUCCGCGGGAGCCGGCUGGCAUGUUAAUUAAUAUUGUAAGUGUCAGUAUAUCGUAUCAACCAACGCAUUACAUAUCUCGACGAUGCCACGGUCGGUAUUCAAUUAGGAUAGCAAAGGGAAUGUAUAUUGUAGAGUUAAUAAGAGGUAACGGUUCGUGCACACGUACAGUGUACACGUACAGUGUACACGUACAGUAUACACGUACAGUAUACACGUACAGUAUACACGUACAGUAUACACGUACAGGCAGACGGACACAGAGCGGCGCAGGCGCAGGCUGCGCACGUACCACGCAUCCACAUCAGGCAAGCGUCACUAUUGCAUUACUUUCAACAUAUCCCAGUGUCGGCAAACACACGGCAAAUUAAUAAAAAUAAAUUUUUAUUUUAGAAAACAUUUGUGAAAUUAUAAAAGUCACACAUAUUUACACUAUUAUGAAAUGUAUAAUAUAUAUCACGUAACAUACAUAAGAUAUAGAGCUUAGUAAGAUGAUUAAACUGAAAAAAAAAUAUUAGAAUGUCAUUACGAUGUAAGAUUUAAUAGAAAAAUUUAAUCAUACAAUUGUAUUAAUCAGUACCUACCUAUAAUAAGAACGUAAAAGUAGUUAUUUGGUUUAGAUAAUGUUAGGUGACCAGGGUGUGGUGAUAUUUUGCACGUUUUUGAAAAUGUUUUUCUAUACGGCGCAGGAUUCUGUGCCUGUGUUUUGAAAUGGUGAGGAUUGGUGGUCGAGUGACGUGAGAGCGGCGGUAAUCGCAUUUGUAAUUUUAAUAAUAAUUGUAUUAUUAUUACUAUGUAUUUAAAUUAAUGAAUCACAAAGAGGAGAUUACAUAUCCAGUGUACUCAGCGUAGAACGCUACACACAUGCCGCGUUUGGUUGACGUUGAAUGGUUUGCUCGUAACAGUCGCGUAUACUCAGUCGCUUGUGCUCAAUACAUUCGUAGACUCGCUCCGUUACUACAUGUAUGUACUACUGUGUGUGUAGCGUUUUCAGGCCUAAACUUUUCUCAAUAACAUUGGUAUUGACUAAUAGAUAAUUAUAGGAAUUUAUGUGUUUAGAGAAGUAUUUUAAAUAUCUAGAUUUUAAUGGUAAUAUUAUUAAAAAUAAAUAGAUCAGUGUUUAGGAUGAGAUGCCAAAUUUAAAGUCAAUACAGAUUAUUUUAGGUAAAAGGUAAUUGAAGUAAUCUUAACAUUUAUUGAAAAGUUGAUGAAAAUGUUACAGUUAAAUUAUAUUUGAGAGUUUUAUUAAGCGCAAUAUAUGCAAUUUUAUUCAUUGUAAGUGAACAUUGUUUCAAUUUGUUAGUUAAAGUUAUGCGUUGAAAAAUGAUGUGAAAGUUGUUUUCGGAUGUGUUGACGAUGUCCCGCGCUCGGCGGACUGUCACGUGCUUGUUCUAUGCGUUAGCGCACCUUCCUAUGUCUCUCUUGCGUUCCAUACAUAUCUCCGCAUAUCACACUGAAUAUGCUUAUAUUUUAUUGCGCUUUAUAAUAUUUAUCUCUACUACAUACAUAUUAUUAUAUUAGCUGUAUUUAGUACUUCGUAACGAUAUGAAUAAAGGCCGACAUAUCAGUAAAUAGAAGUAUGGCUAAGGCGCAUAUAGUAUAACCUGUCUCGCUCCUCGAUAUUCUGUCUAGUUGUCUACUUCCUUCAGCUCGGCGACGACCGCGAGAUGUUUCAUUGUAAGUUCACGUGUCGUCGUCUGUUCUUAUUUUUAAUUUUAAGCCUUUUGUGUGGUUAAUUUCACUCUUUAUUUUUAAUUUCAUAAUUAAACUAUUAUUAUCAUUGAUACUUUUUGUUCUUUAUUUUCGAUCCUUUCCCUUUCUACCCUAAAUCCUUUUUUAUUUUAUAUUUCCAUACCAAUUGUCUACGAUACGGCAGCGGUGCGGAGUAACAGCAGCGUCAUGUUUUCAUACCAAUCAUACACUGCCACGUUCAGUUCGUUAUUCAUCAAUAUCUAUAGUUGUAAUUUCAUCCCUUUAUUUCAGACCACCCGAACAAGUUUCGAGAAAGUAUUUGUAAAUAAAACUUAUAAAUGUUAAAGGGGAUCAAUAUAAUGAAAUGAUGUACAUUAGUACACAAUUGGUAUUCUAGACAUAUUCGUACUUAGAACUUAAUUAUUACUAUCCUGGCGAAAUCUACACUCGACUACAUUUUAAAGUAUAUCUAUUACGCUUUGAUGUAUUUAUAAAACUUGUGAAUAAACAUUCUCUACCUUUCCAACUGGGUCUACUGACUCGAGAAAAUAAAUAUUUAGGCGAAAUAAAUAAAUCACGUUGUUUAAUUGAAUUGUAAAGGGAGUAAGGGACUUAAAUAUUGCCAAUGAUAAUUAUGUUUUAUAUAAUAUUAUCAAGUGGAAUAUUGUAUUUCGCACAGGGUAUAAUGUGAAUAAAAUUAUAGCGCUGCCCGUGGCAUUUGAUCGUCCGAGGCGGUUAUUUUGUGUCCGUGCCACGUCCCUUAUUCCCACUGUGUGGAAAGAACUGAACCAUUCCGUAAUGAAACGUUGAAUUAGCGAAAUUAUUGUGCGACUGCCACUCGAUGACACUCGGAGCGAGACCCAACCGACUACAGCUGUGUACAGACUCCGAAUUGUAUGUAUUUAGAUUGAAUUGUUUCGACCGCAUCCUGAGCAAGAGCUGGCAGUUGCACUCAUGUUAAAUUAAUCUGAAAUUGUAAAUAUUAUACACGACUUUGUUAAUAAUUACAAAUUAAAUUAAUAGGAUCUAUAGUAAAGAUUAAAAUAAUCAUUUACUUUAAGAUUUACUAGUUAAAUAUCCUAUCUUAAUUUCAGUAGUCGCUCUAGUUAAUUAUAUACCUACCUAACUUAUGGAAACCCUUCGUAGGAGAUAUUAUCUACUGUUACUACCUCCCUUGGUUUCUUCGUUUAAUAACGUUUUAGUUGUUUCAUUAAAAUAAUUAAAUAAAGGUGUGCAAAUUAAAGGGUUGUGUGUAAAGUUAAAAUAGUUAAAUAGAUGUAAACAGUGGUUCAACGUAAAGUUUAACUCAUCAGUUUAUCGGGAAGCACAUCUAAUUUCGUUCACUAUCGUAGUAAGACUUGCUGAAACAAUUUGAACAUGUCAAUAUUAAUUAGUCUUAAUUCAAUAUGCCAAAGACCAAUCGUUGGGAAAAAUAACAGGGAUAUAAUAAUAUUUUUCCUUUCAACUUAACUAAUGUUUUAUCUCUAAUAAAGACACGUCUAAAAUCAAAUGGCAAGCUUUAGCGAGCUAUAUUUCACUAUGAAACAUAUUUUGAUGAUUGUUUGUGAACAUUUACUUUUAUGAUGCACGCACGGUUCAUCUGAGAGGCCGUGCGUUUACUAAACUACAUUAUGUAAAACAGUUAUAUGAAUUAUAAAUAUAUACAACAAUAUUAAUAUCUAAGUGACUACCCUAUUGAAUUCUAGAUUUAUUCUUUGUGAUUUUAUAAUAAAAUAUAGUUGAAAAUGGA